UUUUUGAUUUAUCAAAAUAUUUUUGAAAGUGGUGUUUUUUCAAAGGUUAAGUUUUACUUUGAAAUCUAAAUAAUAAUACAUUUAAAAUAAGCUUGAUAUUUCCAUCUUUUGAGUGAUUCUGGAACGAGUUUAAAGUUUUAAUUCAAAUCUUCCGUCAUUGGAAAGGAUACUUUUUGAACACUCGACUCCAAAAUGGAUUGGGUUCAUUGCAAUUCAUGUGCUGUGCAGCCAAAUGAGGAUAACCGGAAGUUACUUUUUAGACUGACAUCGUGUGGACACAUUUUUUGUCAGAAUUGUUUGAAGACAGAUAGUGUGGAUGCAUGCCAGUAUUGCAAGGUCAAAGAUGUGACCACUAUCCAACUAUCUACUCAGAUGAAACCAGAAAUAAAAAUGUACUUUGAUGAUCCGCAAGAUCUGCUAACACAACUGACAAAGACUAUUGAAUUUCAGAGAGGACACAGAAUGAGAUUCACUCAAUUGAUCAAACAUAAGGUUGAGAAAUAUAAUCGUGCGAAAGUCUAUAUUGGGAAAUUGGAACAAAAGCUGAAACAAGAAAUGGAAAUUCGUGGAAAACUCACAAACAAGUUGCAGUUGGCCAUAAGAGAAAUUGAAAUGUUGAGAGGAAAUGGGGCAGUAUCGUCUCAAAAUAGCCAGUAUUCUUCUUCUUCAAGAAUUAUGGAAAAACCGGUGAUGAGAGGCCACGGGAUCCCGCGGAGUGUGGCGGACAUGUCCCCGUUCAGCAUGUGUAGCAGUCAGGUGGAGGGCUACCACUCGGGCAGGUACCGAGACCAGGCAGUCACCAAAGAAAGCAUCAACAUGACACCUUCCUCCAAUAUCAGCCAAUCGCCCUACACUCCGGUCAACAGUAACUAUAUGAUGAGUCAAGGCAGGAGAAUUCCAUAUAAUAGCACUCCAUCUUCACAGCUCAACGCAUUGAAUAUCACUCCGAUGUCAUCAUCAAGCUUGAGACUGCAUUAAGUCAACCAACUUGGGUGAACUGCUGCUCUACUAGUUGCAAUCAUUUCGUCAUUACCGAGUAUCAUAUCGACAGAAUAAUAAUUAUAUUAUAAUACUAGAUCUAGGAAAGAAUAUUCUUGAAGUUACAGAAUUCCACAAUAAUGUAAUCUAAUAUAAAAACUCUAAUAAUAAAUGAAGAUCAUACCACAAAUCGUGACAAUAUAUCAAGACUGUUAACAAUCAAUUUCAGAAUUUUUGUAUCACUGUAGGUAUUCAUAAUUUGUAAUCUAUCAUGUAAUUUCACAUAAAUUAAUAUCAUGUGAUUCCAAGCCUAAUAUAGUCUAUAACUCCAUUCCAAUUGCAUAAUAUGUAAAAGAAAAGUGUUUCACUCAGUACAAUGAUUAGAAAGAGCAAGGUCUAAUUUUUUUCCUGCAAUUCAUAUUAACUUCAGUUCGAGUUAUUUAUUAUCAUUAAUCACGUGUAAGCAAUACCAUAAGAUUUAUUUCAUUCAGUUUGAGAUUUGUUAUUUUCAAUUAUUUGAAAUGGAAUAAUUUUCAACUCAUAAGUAGGAUAUGAGUUCACUACUAUUUUAAAUAUGAGUUGAAAGAAGUAAUAGAGUAUUCGUUAGAUAUUAGUCUGGAGUAAAUUGGAUUCUAUUUUUUGUUUACUGUGUGAUAAGUCACCUAUGUUAUAUGUUGUUUCUUUCAUGUUAAAGUAUACUGAUCGUUACAUAUUUGCAAAUUCUAGAUAAGAUUUCAAGUUUAAGUUGACUAAGAUAGAAUAAAGUUAUUUAGAUGAAUAGGUCUAAUUUGAAAGUUAGUUUUUGUAUUAAAAGUUUAUCAUCAUCAUAUCAAUGUACUGUAUUGUUAUCAUGAGAAAAUUGUCUAUCUCGAUUGUUCGUGAAAUCAUCAAUAUUAUGUCAACAAUUGUAUAGUAAAAUGUUAUAGUGGCGUUGGAAAUCCAUUCUCUGUUCAAGUGGUCAAUAAAAAAUAAAUUUGUAUUGAA